UAAUUGUUGUCGAACGGGACCUUUGUCGAACUAACGAACAUUUUAAGCAAGCGAGACGGAGACGUAAGUGGCAGGAGGAGGAAGGAAAAGAAUAAUGAUGAUGAUCCAUAGAUGGAGAAGAUCAGGAGAGUUCGUAAGAUCUGCUUGUAAAUCUCUAAGUAGCCUCCGACCAGAACAUAACUCAAUGUCUCCUUCUGUUUCAGGCUUUGUGAAUCGUUACGAGUCAAAAGGAAAGACCUUUCAGUCAAAUGCUUGGAAUGAUCAUAACAGAGAGCUUGAUCUUGGUAGAAACUUGGGGAUGAUGCAACAGUAUAAAUCAUUUGGGUCAUCAUCAGCUUCGAAAGUCCAGAGAAACCCAUUGUUUUCUUCGUUAGAACCGAAGGACGUUAGCUACUUCAAGGAGAUACUUGGUGAUAAACACGUGAUUGAAGAUGAAGAGAGGCUUGAGACUGCUAAUACAGAUUGGAUGCACAAGUACAGAGGAUCUAGUAAGCUGAUGCUCUUGCCCAAGAACACUGAAGAGGUGUCUCAGAUACUUAAAUAUUGUGAUUCUAGGAGUUUAGCUGUUGUUCCUCAAGGAGGGAACACCGGUCUUGUUGGUGGAAGUGUCCCUGUCUUUGAUGAGGUGAUCAUCAAUGUUGGUUUGAUGAAUGAAGUCUUGUCCUUUGAUGAGGUUAGUGGAGUCUUGGUGUGUGAAGCAGGAUGCAUUUUGGAAAAUCUGGCAACUUUCCUUGACACAAAAGGUUUUGUAAUGCCACUAGACUUAGGUGCAAAAGGAAGCUGUCAUAUAGGUGGAAAUGUUUCAACUAACGCUGGUGGUUUGCGCCUUAUCCGUUACGGCUCACUUCACGGAACCGUAUUGGGUCUAGAAGCUGUCACAGCAAAUGGCAAUGUGCUUGACAUGCUUGGAACUUUACGCAAAGACAACACUGGAUACGACUUAAAACAUUUGUUUAUCGGUAGUGAAGGAUCACUUGGUAUUGUGACUAAAGUUUCUAUACUCACACAACCAAAGAUGUCUUCUGUAAACUUAGCUUUUAUCGCUUGCAAAGAUUUUCUCAGCUGCCAGAAACUUCUUGUUGAAGCAAAGAGAAAUCUUGGAGAGAUACUGUCCGCUUUUGAGUUUCUUGAUAACAACUCCAUGGAUUUGGUACUGAACCACUUAGACGGUGUCCGUAAUCCAGUUUCCUCUUCAGAGAACUUUUAUAUUUUGAUAGAGACAACAGGAAGUGGUGAAACUUAUGACAGGGAGAAGCUUGAAGCGUUCCUUUUAAAGUCACUGGAACAAGGUUUAGUAUCUGAUGGUGUAAUAGCUCAAGACAUAAACCAAGCAUCCUCGUUUUGGCGCAUACGAGAGGGUAUAACAGAGGCGUUACAAAAAGCAGGAGCUUGUUACAAGUAUGACUUAUCCUUACCUGUUGAAGAGAUUUACAAUAUUGUCAAUGACCUUAGAGGGAGAUUAGGUGACUUGGCAAAUGUUAUGGGAUAUGGUCACCUUGGAGACGGUAAUCUUCAUUUAAAUAUCUCAGCCUCGGAAUAUAACGAUAAGCUUUUAGGUUUAAUAGAACCUUAUGUCUAUGAGUGGACAUCAAAGCACCGUGGAAGCAUCAGUGCAGAACAUGGAUUAGGUGUAAUGAAAGCUAAUGAGAUCUUCUACAGCAAAUCACCUGAAACCGUUGCAUUAAUGGUAUCCAUCAAAAAGUUGCUGGACCCUAAGGGGAUUCUCAAUCCAUACAAAGUUCUUCCUCACUCUUUCUUCUCUCCCUAAGGUGGGGAUGAGAGAUGAUUCUUCCAAAAAGAAUAUGAUGAGGAGCCCAAGUUUGAGCAGUAUGAUUGAUGCAAAGGAACAAUAAGCAAGUGUUGAUUAAAAACUCACUUAAACUCACUAAAGUGUAUAUAUGCUUGUUCCAUGUUUGUUGUCACUGUGUCUUAAUAUCUUAUUAUCAUGGAUAAAAAAGAAUAAAAAACCUAUGGAGCUUACGUGUA